AUGCCUUGGGGGAGCGACGCCUGGCUGCUCAAGCCACUGCAGCAGCAGCUGCACUACGCGAAGCCGUUGCCGGUGCAGCAGGCGGUGGUUCCGGCGGUUCAGCGUGCACUGCUGAGCGGGAUUCCCAUGGAUUUUUGCCUCACUGCUCCCACCGGCAGUGGCAAAACGCUCUGUUAUCUGCUGCCCAUGCUUCGGCUAGUGACGGAGUGUAAGCGCGGCGUGGACCACACACGCCUCCGGGCCCUGGUGCUGGUGCCCACAAAGGUUCUUGGCACACAGGUGUUUCGCGAGCUGCAACAGCUCACCCGUGGCACCUCCAUCGCCGUGGAGUCCCUCUGCAAGGCGGAAAGCAGUGUGCGGGAGGAGGCGGAAUCCAUCGUCCGCACCGCCGCCGUUGUCACCAGCGCCGCUUGCGCAAGUGAUGCGGAAAAACCGGAGCCCGGGGGGGAACUGCGGAAUGCGCAUGACCGUCAUGUUGCGUCUCAGGCGGCAAGUACUGACGGCGUGGCACGGGGAGCGUCACGGUUGCUUUACUACUCCCGUGUGGAUAUUCUAGUCGCGACGCCACAGCGGCUGCUGCGCCACCUGGACGGUACGCCAGGGCUCUCGCUUGCCGACCUCCGGCUCCUCGUCAUUGAUGAGGCGGACCAGGUGCUGGCGGGCAACUUUGCCAACUUUGUUGCCAAAGUGGUGGAGCGCUUUGAGGAGGAGCAGCUGGCGCGGUUAGGGGAUGCGGGCGGCACGCGGCGUCUGGUGCACUUGACGUACAACCUGCACAAGAUGCUUUGCUCCGCAACCCUCUCCUCGCACAUCGCCCGCAUCUCGGAGGUGCGGCUGCGGAACUGUCGCCACUUUGCCCUCGACAGCUUCGGCCGUGGCAUUCACCGCGAGGACGAGGGCGAGCCGCUGCAACUCUCGAAUCAGGCGCAGGCGCCGCAUGGGAAGAAGCGGCGCGGCCCCCAAGACGGGGCGAAGGGGCAAACAAAGGACGACGACGAGGCGGCGGACCCCGCGGCGGCCCUGCCCAUUUCCCGCCAGCAGCUGGUGCGUACCUCCUUCGCCCUUCCCCCAAAGCUGCAGGAGCACGUGGUGUUCGUGGAGGACUGGUACCGCCAUGCCGUUUUGCUGAAGCUUGUCCGGGCGAUUAUUGCAAAGCAGCGUGCUGGCCGCACACCAGCGGCGGCGGCGGCGGCGUCAGCUUCGGCUGCCGCCUCGUCGGGCGCUAAUGACGAGGCGAAGCACAACGAUGCCGUGCAGGGCGGCGCCGAUGGUGCGCCUGCCACGCCUCAAGAAGACGAUGACAACCUGAAGGAAGAGGAGGCGGAGGCGGAGAACGAGGCGGAGUUCCGUGCACUCGGAUAUCGACGUCAUCGUGGACGACGUGCGGGGCAGCCGACCGUCACCACCGACUCGCCCAGCGACUACCCCUCCUGCGACGACGACGCCGGUAGGCGCAUCCUCGUCUUUUGUCGCACGGCAGAGGAAGCGCGGGUCAUGGGUCAUUUUCUCCUCUCCGCCGGCGUGCAGGCGACCGAGUUUACGACGCUGUCCACCGAGAGUGAGCGGCGGCGUGCACUGCUGAAGUCGGCCCCCGAUGCAUGCAUCGUCGCCUCCGACGCCCUGAUGCGUGGCGUGGACGUGCCUAACGUCGGCCACGUCGUUAUGUACAGCCCGCCCGAGACGCUCGCGCAGUACGUCCACCGCGCCGGCCGCACAGCGCGGGCGAUGCGGGCGGGGCACCUGCAUCUUCUACUGCAGAAGAACGGCCCCAGUGGAACGCAAAGCGAUGGCGAGGUCGCCGUGUUUAAGGCGCUCAGCUCUGCCGUGUCGCGUAGUCAGCCUGUGCUGUACGAGCGACACUUCUUCAUGUUUGACCACCCCAAUCCUGUGGCGCCGACGACGGCCACCACCGCCGCCACCAGCAGCGGCAGCGGCGGCGCUGAGCCGGCCACCAAAGACAAGGCGCGCCUUCUGGUGGAGGAGGCGGACGCCCAUCUAAAGGCGACGCAGGCACGCCUGGCGACGCACUGGUCGUCGGCGCUUGAGAGCAACCAGAAAGAGAAGGUGGCGAGAAAACGGCCACUUGCAGCGGGCGGCGGCGCGGCGCAGCAUGCGCCGCCCGUGAAGAAAAAGGAAAAGGAACGCAAGCCAAUGAGUGAGUAA